CGUAAAAAACAGUUUUGAGUUUGCACAACAGAUAACAGGAAUGCAGAUCCCCGAGGAGCACAUGCUGUUUUCAUUGGAUGUGAAAUCGCUGUAUACCAAUGUCCCGGUGCAGUACGCGAUGGAGUGUAUCGAGGCAAGGUGGAGCGAGGUAGCAAGGUAUACGAAGAUUGACAAGCGAAGUUUCUUGGAUGCAACAAGAUUAGUCUUAGACUCUACGUUUUUCAACUAUCGAGGAGUUACCUACACACAAACCUUCGGAGUACCGAUGGGAUCACCGCUGUCUCCGGUUAUAGCGAACAUCGUUAUGGAGCGUUUGGAACAGGAGAGCAUACAGCGGGUGAGUGCAGAACAACUCGAUAUGGUGAUAUACAGGCGGUAUGUGGAUGACUGUUUUUGCGUUGCACGGAGGGAACACGUUGAUCGAAUCUUGGAGAUUUUCAAUGACUUCCAUGAUAGGCUGCAGUUUACUGUGGAGAAAGAGGAACAAGAGCAAAUCAAGUUUCUAGAUAUCAUGGUAACGAGAAAAGAAGGAAUCCUUGAGAAAACGUGGCUACCAAAACAGACGAAGGGACGGUAUCUGGAUUUCAUUUCGGAAAGUCCGUACUCCCACAAACGCAACACUGCGAUUGCCCUAGUGGAUAGGGCUAUCAAGUUGACUGAUGCACAGCACCGCCCUUCGGCCAUCAGUACGGUGAAGGAAAUGCUGAAGUGUAACAAUUACCCUAACUGGUUCAUUCAGAAUGUCUUGAAACAGAGGGUACACAAGCACUACAACGAACUGCAGAACGACAAGGAGGUGGACGAAACGAAGUACAUUCCCACGCCAUAUGUCCCAUGCCUGAGUGAAAAGUUGCAAAAAAUCCUCAAGGAACAGGGCAUAACAUUGGCGGUGAAAGCAAAAUCGAAAUUGAAAAAUGAGAUUUUCGCUAAACUCAAGGACCCGAUCCCACCAGGACAACAUAAAAAUGUGGUGUAUUCGGUACCUUGUGGAACAGGGGAUGGAAAGGUGUACAUCGGACAGACGGGGAGAAAACUGGACACGCGGAUCAACGAGCACAAAAAUGACGUAAAACGGAAAGACAACAGGACUGGAUUAACGCACCACACGCUAUGUGACGGCCAUGUGUUUAAUUUUGACGAGACGAAAAUAAUUGAACGAAUCGCCGACCAGGAGAGCAGAGUAGUCGCGGAGACAUUCCACAUCAAGCUGGCAGGGGAAGCUAAUACAGUGAACCUCCAGCGUGAGUGUGGAUUGUUCAACACGAACUACAAUGCGUUAGUGUUUAAGCUGCGACAAGUGACGAACAACGAUAGACGACGAAGAGGAAACGAGAGAGGACGCGCACCACAACCGCAAAGUACCCUACUAGACAGUGGUACGUGAUCUCCCAGCUGGAUAGGAGGUAGCAUCAGCUGCGGCGAUCAAAUUGCGUCUGAAGAUGGCCGAAAUGUGAUUAGGCCGAAACGUCACGCAAAAAACAAGUUUGUUUUAUUCGUUCACCGAGAAAUAUCAACAAUAAAGAGAUAUACUCGUUAACGGUGAUUAAACCCAUCAAGA